AUGGCUAAGAAAAAGAAGACUCCUCCUACCGAAGCUCCUCCGGCAGCAACAAACAAAGUCCCUUCUAUCCAUUCGGACGAUGGAGGCGAUAAUGCGCAAAGUCAACAUCAUCAUCAUGACCAUGAACAUCAUCAUCAUCAUUCACAUUAUGCAAGAUCAAUAGAUUCUGAUGGGAAUGUAGUUGAAACUAAAACUGAUAUUGUUGAAAUCAAAGAAGUCAAGGAAAUCCCUGCUGGACAAGUUGAAGAAGAUCCUCCUCCUCCUGUGUCUAAUCCACCUUCGAUAAAGACUAAAGCUCCUACGACAAUAGCUCCACCGACAAUCAAAGUCCCAACAGUAAUAACACCGUCCACCAAAGCGCCAUCUAUUCCAGCUACUGUAGUCCCUGUACCAUCAAAAGCUUCAACUGUCAUCGCUGCGCCCGUCCCAUCUGUGAAACCACCUUCGGCCAAAGUCCCAACUGUAAUAGCACCCAUUGUUGCCACACCUCCGCGUCCAAGCUCACCAGCGCCAUCACACAGGUCACAUAGAUCCCAUCAUCACCCCGAAGUUAUAGUGAACGUUACUAUCCCUCAACCUGCUCCAGCCCCAGCUCCAAUUAUCGUUCCUCCCACACCUACACCAGUUCCAAUCGAAGUAGUCAAAGAACAGACGAUAGACAUAAUCGAACCUGUAAAAUCAUCCACACCAUUGGUUGUUCCUACUGAAAUACCACUUCCACCUUCUAGAGCACCUACAGUAAUACAUAUUCCUGUAUCGAAUAGAUCGAUCUUACCUAAAUUGUUCAAAUCAAACCCUAAAUCACCAGAACCAGAACCAGAACCAGAACCAGUUGCCGAAGAACAAGAGGAAGUGGUUGAAGAAACUAAAAUUAUCACAACUACAACUACUACAACAAGGAAGAAAGCAUCGACUCCUCCACCUGCAAGUACACCUGGUACCCCCAAAGUAAUUUCAACGGAUAAUCCAUUUGUCGAAAACGUAACUCACUCAACCCCAAAACCCAUACCCAAAUCCACAAAAGCGAACCUUAAAUCACUCCCAACCCCAUCUCCUGUCAUCUCUCUAAAAUCAAUACACACACCUUCUACUCCGAUUCCAGCUCCAUUAUCCCAAAUGAAACUGCCUAAAAUAUUUCGAACCUCCUCUCCAGGAUCAGGAAAGAAACCGAUGAAGAUCAUCGAAACUACAACGGUAGAGAAGGUCAUGGUUCCCAUGGACUCUUCUGAUGAGGAUGAUAUUGAAAUUGAUACCGCAGCUACUACAAUGGGAGGAAAUACUACGAAAGGUAUAAAUAAAAGUAAUGGCUUUUCUUCUACUUCAGGUAGACAGAGUGGAACAAAAGGUGGACUACGGCCUAUCCCAAUGAUCGACUAUCAAGCUCUUAUUCAAGCCACUCCUCCACCAUCUAUUAGAAAAACAUUACCUCCCUUACCACCAGCGACCGUUACUCCUCCUCAAGGCCCGAAAACGAUAGCAACGUAUUCUGCGCAACUUGACCGAGAUACCCAAGGGAACGAACAUUUGCAUGCUAGACUAAGAGAUCACACAGGUGUGGUGAAAGACGCUGCUUCUCCUCCAGCAACGGCUUAUGCUGCAACUACUGUACCGGCUACAACCAUCUAUAUCCCUGCACCUAGCUCUCUCCCAGGUCGAACAACGUAUCUGCCUUAUGUACCAGCUCAAACCACAAUUCCACCGCCUACCACUGCACCCGCAACGACGCCUCUUCCUCUUCCAGAAGGUCCCAAAACCAUUGUGACUUUAUCUGCUCAGUUGGACCGUGAUUCCAAAGGGAACGAACAUUUACAUGCUAGGAUGCGAGAUCAUACAGGUGUCGUCAAGGGAUUGGAUCUAGAUAUGGGAGAAGGAAACCCUUUGGAGAGUGUCAAGGAACGUAAAAGGAGGGAGAAGAAAGAGAAAAAGGAAGCUGACAAAUUAGCGAAAGAAGCUAUGAAAGGAUUGGAAGGUAAUCCUUACAAAUCUAUUGGAUCUGGUGUACCACCUCCCAAAUCUGAACGAUACGCAUAUCCACCUGCUCCUACUAUUAUCGAACAAGCUGCUAAAGAAAGAUAUACCAACCGAUUCAAUGGUGGUCAACAAGGUAUGGCCAUGGGCGGUCGUAUGGGAGGUAUGGGAGGUAUGGGAGGUAUGGGAGGUAUGGGUGGUAUGGGUGGUAUGAACGGUAUGAACGGUAUGAACGGUAUGGGAAUGGGACCACCUUAUCCACCAAUACAACCAGCGCUUUGUCCUCGACCACUACCAUUGGUAGGGACUCGACCACCUAUGUUCGGACCACCAAUGAUGAAUCCAAUGAUGGGAAUGGGCGGAAUGGGUAUGGGUAUGGGAGGCAUGGGUAUGGGAAUGGGUGGCAUGGGAAUGGGUGGGAUGGGUGCCAUGGGUAUGCCAAUGAUGGGAAUGGGCAUGCCUAUGGGAAUGCAAAUGCCAAUGGCAACACCCAUCCCAGGAGUCGUACCCGGUCAACCUGGAAUGGGAUUUUACAAUUCCAUGCCGGGAAGAUUUGGUAGAGAUACUUUGGGAAGAGAUUUUGCUGGUCCAGGAGGAGUCGGUUCAAGUCAGCCAUAUCGCCCACCCGAUCCAUCAGCUCUACCGCCUAUGCCAUAUGGAUUACCAUUCAUAGCUCGACCUGGUCAAGAAGGGUUCGAUCAGUAUGGACGGAUGUUACCACCUGACUUACCAGAAGGUUGGGACGGCUGGGGUCGACCGAUAGUAUCAGCCAAUCCUCAACCCAACAUGCCGGGCGGAUCUCAACCUCCAUUAGCUCCAGCUGCUCAACCCGUCGGACCAGCAGCGGGUGUUCCUCAAGGACAAGCUACUCAAUUACAACCUUUCUCAGCGUCAAAUUCUGGUAGUAUGAGUGAGACAGGGACAGGUAGUGGAACAGGUAGACCAGAUCAACCCGCAUGUUUCGAUCGACCUCCAGCCAAAUCCGAUUCGUAUUUUCGAUACGAUCCAUUCGAGGCUUUUUCAUUACCUGCCAAAAGUCUCAAUUACCCUCAUCAAUUGCAUUUACCGCCGGAGAUGGUCAGUCAUGAUGUCAACGAGGAGGAUUGGGCCAAAUUCAUCGAAGACCUUUCACGAGAAGCCUUGGCCAACGCUCGACAUUCCUAUGGUUCCGCAAAAUCAUCAUCCAGUUUGUUCUCUCAUCGAACUGGCAAUAGGUAUGGGAAUGGACCGGAUCCAAUCUUAUCCGAAGGUGUACAUUCACUACUCGCAAGUUGGGCCGUUGCGUUUUUUUCACCUAGGGGAAUAAAGAUUUAUGCGGCCCAAGAUGGUAAAAGAGUUUUACCACCGCCUAUUGAGCCUCCACCUAAAUCGAGAGGCUAUUCACAUGCCAAUGAAUUUUCGGAUGAAGAAUAUUCUUCAGAUCAACAACAUGAGAGAGAUGAUCAAUUCAACGACUGGAGUGAAGAUGAAGAAGAAAGACAAGCGAAAAGAAAUGAUAUGUAUCUCCCUAGAAUAGAAAGACAAUGGAGAAAAGAUGAAAGGAAAUUAAAGAAUAGAAGGGAAAAAAGAAGAGUUCAAAGAGAAUCUGAAGUUUUACAUUAUCAUCAUCAAUCAAAAGGUACUCUGUGGGAAAUUCAUUUCGUCAAUGCUUCUCCUACCAUUUGGCAACCUGGUGCACGACCUAGAACUUAUGGUGAACCCGUUAUUAGAUUGAGAAGGUGA